AUGUCACCAGCUGUGGGAGUAGCCCUCGUCCGCCCCAUAUCAAGCUCUACGGCCCUCGUCCCUGGAGAUGACACGAUCAUUUCCGGCUCCCUCGAAGUGGUCAUGGAAUAUCGAAGGAGAUGUCGGGGUAUAUCGGUAUUUGUGCAGGGUGUUUCCAGGGUGUGGAUGGGCGAUACGAGGGGAUGGGAGGAAGAUGGGAUAUUUGAGCGGGUGGUGCAGAUCCAGAAUGAGACGGAGCAUGGGAUGUGGUUAGAGCAGGGGAGUCAAGGCUUCUCCUUCAAUCUUGUCCUUCCCGCCUCGCUCGCAACGCACGACUGCCACAAAUACGGGGUCAUCACAUAUCACCUCUACGCGCACGUCCAGGGAUGUGCCAAAUCCUCCAGCGGCGGCAUACUCGGGGCGUUACGCGGACGCGGAGCAGCAACAGCUGAAUGGCUGGAUGGGGACCUCUUCGUCAAGCGAAACCUGCUCGUUCAUGCCAUUACGAGCCCCAAUGGCGGUGUGCACCAGCUGAACCUCGAGCGGAGGGGCGAGAUCCAACAUUUAGGCUUGUGGGGCAUCAGUGCGGUAACCGAUCUGUGGUCAAUAUCUGCCGUAUUCCUGCUCACAAUCUCCCUGCCCACCCCUUCACCUCAAACUACCAUCUUCCUCAUCCGCGUCGUUUUGGCCCAGUCAUACACCAUUUCCUCUCCCCGCUCGCCGGACGACCCGCCAACACAUCCAGAACCGACGCGGUCGAUGGUGCUAUACCAAACGGGUCGCACUCACGCUUCAGGCGAAAAGUUCCCGGGACAUACCGUGAACAGCCUGUGGCGCGGACCGGAGGCGGGCGGAUCGCGCGGAGACGGACGAUGGGCAAUAAAGGCGAUAGUGAGGGUGCCGACACACGAAAAAGUCCGGCCUAGUACGCAUGAAGGCACGAUAACGCCGAUACGUGUCACACAUCGGCUCGACCUACAAGUCUUCUUCUCUGUUGAGGGCGAACUCGCCGAUGGGGACCCCUGCGAUGGUCCCGGAGAGCUGCAAAUGAUGCAGAAUGACGCCGAGGGCCUCAAGGAGUUUGAUCAGCUAUUCCAAACGCCCGCAGCGCAAUUGGGGUGCAUGUGCGGCUGUACGCUGGAGGAGCUUAGUGCCCCGCUGGAGCAGCGGAUGCUGUCAACCGACCCCGACGAUUUCUGGAGACAUGAGACUGGGGAUGAGGGCUCAGCGACGGAGGAGGGAGUCGUCAGCGGUUGGAAAUACACCGAUAUGAAUCCUGCCCUUUAG